AUGGGUGUCUGUGCCUCCUGCCUCGGUGGCAAUCGCCAUGAGUCUCCUGAGGUGAGUCCCGAGACUGCUAUCGACAUGUUGCUGCAUUACCUCGGCUUAAUGCGCGGAACAUGGGGUGAUCGUCAAGGACCAUUUUCUAACCUCCUCACUCUCAAGCCCGAGUCUUCACGUCUACUAGAAGAAGACCCUUAUCAAGCGGGGUAUGGCUACGGAGCGCUCAAUCAUGCCCAACAAGCCAGUCAGCCGGAUCCGGAAUACGUGAGGCGGGAAAGAGAGGCUUUGGAAUCCAUUUGUCAACGCACGUCGGACUCGGUCAUCGAUAUCUGGUCCCUCCAGCCACAACCACACCUUCAACCUCAAGCGACCCUCCAUACACCUAUCUCUGCAUCCCCCGCCCCGUCACAAAAGACCGACGGAACAACACCCGUCACAUCUACCCACCGCACAUCGCCGCCAAGCAGACCGACCUCGGGCGCCGAAGGCGCUGUUCCGAAACACUGGGGCGAAGUCGUUGUCAACCCGAAUAAGAAGCGCUCCCGCUCCAACAUGAACACCGAUGCCAACGCCAAUCACGAUGUCUUCGGUGUCUUGAAUAUUAAAUAA